AAUGUGGUUAAACUUUCGUUUAACGUCACCAUGGAGGACUACUCAUUCAGCACAGGUGUCAUGUUUAAUACCUGUCAUAUAUCAAGAAGUGAACAGGCAAAUAAAAUAGGAGCACCAUAUGGGUUGGCGUAGAGAGGAGGGGGAUUUCAGUUUUUAAAAGCCUCUGUUUCUCCUCCAUGGGUCUUGACGCCAUAAAAUGGAUACGAUUACUAUGGUGCCAUACGGUUCUUUGGACACAUCAGAAGGCCAACUUGCUUAUUCUUCUCUGGUAAACAGAGAGAGCUAGGGAUACAAGAUGUCCUCUUGGAGGACACCGGAAAACCACAAUGUCUAAUUAACUCUUGCUUUUAAGAAGCCAGUUUGGAAGACAGCCUGCCCACAAUACUUGGAGGAUUCCAGCUCGUCUUUGGAGGAAGGGUUCAGGGGCCAUUGUGGAGGGCUUCCGCUUUUCAACCACAGAAAUGUCGACUGGAGCCAAAGCGAAAUGAGUGGAGCGUUUUAAGAGAAGGGACAACCAGCAGAAGAUUGACAGGAGCUGCUGGCACUUCUGACUGUUGUUCUAACGUCUCAAAGUGAUGAAAACAGUCUACCUCAAGAUGCGACAUUCUACCAUGAUAAAAGACCACCACAGUGGAUGAGACCUCUGUUUGUGCGUCCUGAAAAGCGCCGUGUGUUAAGCAGAUCCAUCCAAUCAGGCUGCAUUGUUGUGAAGCCCUUCAGACCAUCUGCUCUCAGGUUUGGUAGGUGUCAAUGCGCAGAAGAAGCUCAUUUCAAAUGCAUCGAGUCACAUGAGUGCCAGGAAUCUGAUUCAGCUCUGCAGGAAGAAUCAAGCAGAAUGGUUCACAUUCCAGCAUCUCUGCUUUCUGAAGAGACAGUAUGUGAAGAGCAUCGGAGGUGUCUGCCAGAGAGCGAGACCCAAGCAGGAGUCUGUCACCUCUGCACUGGAGGAUCGAGAUGAUUCAUUGGUCAGACAGGUUCAGCAGAUCCCAGAUUUGAAGCUUGAGCCAGGUACUGUGAUGCCGCCAUGUGACUCGAAGAACAUCCAGGAUGAACCAGAGGCGACCAGAGCAGCCCGCUUGGAGGCUCGCCAGUGGAAGGAGUCGAGGGUUGAAUACAGUGAUUUACCAGGGAUUUACGCACGACUCUCCAAACUUAAAUUAACAGCUCUUGUGGUCACUACGGCAGCUGCUGGCUUUGCUAUGGCUCCAGUGCCCUUUGACCCUGUCACUUUUUUGAUGGCUUCGGUCGGAACAGGUCUCUCUUCCUGUACAGCCAAUUCCAUCAAUCAGUACUUCGAGGUCCCCUUUGACUCAAACAUGAAUCGUACCAAAAACAGACCUCUGGUCAGAGGACAGAUCAGCCCUCUGCAUGCCGUGUCAUUCGCCCUGGCGUGUGGGAUCCCAGGUGUGACCCUGUUGACCCUGGGCCUGAAUCCCCUGACUGGCUUCCUGGGCGCUCUGAACAUCUUCCUGUACACGUGCUGCUACACUCCUCUGAAACGCCUCAGCAUCACCAACACCUGGGUGGGUGCCGUGGUGGGCGCCAUCCCACCUAUAAUGGGCUGGACAGCAGCCACCGGCUCUCUUGAUCCAGGAGCACUCUUACUGGGAGGUUUCCUGUUCUCUUGGCAGUUUCCUCAUUUUAAUGCAUUGAGCUGGAACCUGAGAGAGGACUACUCGCGGGGUGGGUACCGAAUGAUGUCCGUCACCCAUCCAGGCCUUUGUAAACGCGUGGCCCUACGCCACAGCGUAGGCCUGAUCGGCCUCUCAGCCUUGGCCCCCAUGGUGGACGUCACCACAUGGACGUUCCCCUUAGUCUCCCUGCCAAUUAACCUUUACAUCAGCUUCCUGGCCUUCAGGUUCUAUCGCAGGGGUGACAGGCAGAACGCCCGCAAGCUGUUCUUCUGCAGUCUUUGGCACCUGCCCAUGCUGCUGCUGCUGGCCCUCACCUGCAAGAAGAGCCGCGUGUCACGGGACGAGGCAGCUGUAGCUCCCAGCACGCCUUCUCUGGCUCUGUAGAGCAAGCACAAUCCUCUGCCAUUUUCAUACUUGAUAGAUAAUUGCUGUCAGCCCCAAAAUAAGUUAUCUUGGAGUUGGAGCUAAAAAGACACCAUACUUUUGGAAGUCAUAACCUCUUCCAUUUGUUAUAAAAGGAUCCAUCAGGGAAAAAUAACAUUAAUGUAUAUGUAAAUGCAUAGCUUUAAAAAAAAAAUCCCUCUGGUAACUUGGACGCAAAUUAAUGUUAUUUGUGUGUAAAUACAUAUUUAUUUGACGCAGCCCCCUGUUGUCUAUAAACUCAUAGAGUGUAACUUUCUGUAGGCUGAUAUGUCUAUGUGCAAAGUGGAUUGAACUGAAAUAAAGACCACAAAUACAUUUUGCCUAGAAUUUGCAAUUAACAUCACCAUUACUGUGGACAUAAUGGAGAAUGGUUUGUUUUAAUGCACCUAGCAAGUCAUUUCCAAGUUUGGCUUCAUCUAAUUACUUGCGAAAUGACAUUUUCAAAGUUUUCUCUUUCUAAGUCUGUUAAUAUUUCAUUUCAGCGAUAAAUGAUUCAGUAAAGAAACCGCGAGUCUCACUGCUGGCCCAGAAGUCUUUAUUCUACACGAAAAUCCGUCCCUCUGAGUCUUGAGUUUAGGCUGAUCGUUUUUAAAAGCUCUCGGGUAUCAGCUCCAUCAAAGAUCCUUUAUUAUUUCAAAACUAGUCAAAUAAACUCAGUCAGCUGAGUUGAACUCCCCAGAACUGAAUUACUGUUGAUUCAUUACUGAAUGUAACAGUGCAGAAUAUCAUUGAAUGCAGCCAUGCAUUGUUCGAUACUAUGUUUGCUUAUUCAGCAUUUUCUGUUUACUCGUCUCUGACCACACUGUACCAAUGACUUGUGGAAGACACAAAUAAAAUGAAAAUUCUUAUUAAUAAAUUGUGCUGUGAUCAAGA